AUUCAGAGCGCUGGCUUCCACUCUCAAGUGGCACAACUCAGUUCGGCUAAUUUGGCUGGAGUGCGGUGUCUCACGUUCUGUGUUCGGGCGGUGAUAACAAGUCUGUGAUCGCGCAUUUCUAGCCAAAAGGAGUAGAAAAUCAGCUUAAAAUCGCACUUCCCACUAUAAAAUCCGUUAUAUUCCUUGAGUUCCGCGUCUGUUAUAUCCUAGGUCAAGUGCUUCCUGCAGCAACAUGCUAUCAGCUAUCACGAGGAAUAGUAUCUCGGCGAUCCGGCAACACGUUGCUCAUAGAAAGCCAGCCUUGGAUCUUCGUCAAUUACCUUAUCUCAGUUAUCAACUUAGAGCACUUCAUUUAUCUCCACUUCUUCAGAAAGUAGUAUCAUUUAAUCUUAGUGAUAUCGGCGAAGGUAUACGAGAAGUAGUUGUUAAGGAAUGGUUCGUUAAAGUCGGUGAUACGGUUGAACAAUUUGAUAAUUUAUGUGAAGUUCAAUCAGAUAAAGCAUCAGUUACAAUAACCAGUCGUUAUGAUGGCAAAAUCGUGAAGAUUUAUCAUAAAGUUGACGAUAUUGCCUUAGUUGGCAAACCCCUUUUAGAUUUUGAUGUUAUUGAUGAAGAAGCCGAGAGUGGCACCAGCAGCUCUAGUUCAUCAAGUUCGGACGAGGACGUAGCGUUGAACGUUGUGAGUGAUUCAAAAGCUGAAAAACCAGAUGAGAACCGUUUGAAAGUAUUGGCAACACCAGCCGUUCGUCGAAUCGCCAUGGAAAAUAAAGUCAACCUUAGCCAAGUUAAAGCUACUGGCAAAGCAGGUCGUGUUUUGAAGGGUGAUGUGCUUGAAUAUUUAGGUCAAGUACCACCUGGAACCAACAAACCACACCCGACAUUACGGCAAGAGGCGCAAGAAGUAGGAAACUCCAAACCUACAGGAGAUGUACUUCGGGUAGAGGUCCUGAAAGGUGUUAGAAAGGCUAUGAUGAAAUCGAUGACCGAAGCUUUGAAAAUUCCUCAUUUUGCAUAUAGUGAUGAAAUAGAUAUGACGAAUUUAAUAGCUUUCCGCGAUCAACUGAAGGACAUUGCAAGUCAACGUGGCAUCAGCAAACUAACUUUCAUGCCGUUCUGCAUCAAAGCCGCUUCCUUAGCACUCUCGAAGUAUUCAAUACUGAAUAGCUCCCUAGACGCUGCAAAUGAAAGUGUGAUUUAUAAGGCUCCACAUAACAUCAGCAUUGCGAUGGAUACUCCGCAGGGGUUAGUUGUACCGAACAUUAAACAUUGUGAAAGGAAAACUAUCCUAGAAAUAGCCAAGGAUCUAGCCGACCUAAUGGAAAAGGCGAAGAAAGGCUCACUACGUCCUGAGGAUUUUGCUGAUGGGACGUUUUCACUAUCGAAUAUUGGAAUUAUUGGGGGCACAUACACACAUCCUUGCAUCAUGACACCCCAGGUAGCGAUAGGCGCUAUGGGUCGGACGAAGCCUGUUCCACGAUUCGGAUCGAAUGGGGAAAUAAUCAAAGCUCACAUUAUGAACGUUAGUUGGUCGGCCGAUCAUCGCGUUAUCGACGGGGUAACGAUGGCGAGUUUCUCAAAUGAAUGGAAGAAAUAUUUAGAAAAUCCGGCGCUUUUCAUUUUAUCAAAUGAAUGAAGACGCAAUUAAUUUGUGGUCCUCCUAAUACAAACGACGACUUAUUGCCAUUUUAUUAACGUGAAGACUUACUUGCUGCAUUUAUAGGUUUUAAGGAUUUUGAACCAAUACAUUCGCUUUUAUUGUAUAUAUGUAUUUACAAAUGUUUAUAAGAUGUAGAUAUAUCCAAAAAACUGUAAAAACAACUUCAGAGUGAUUCGAACAAAAGCAUUUGUAACUUUUAGGGAAAAUAUCAAAUAAAUGAAAGAUUGCUAUUAAUGAUGGCAGGAUAGCCAAGGUAACGAA